AAAACCACUCGAAAAAUGCGAUUUCUCCCCAUACUCUUCCUAAUCUUCCCCAAUUGCCUCUGCGACUUCCGCUUUGGGCCCACGGCCCAGCGGGAGAUUGUCGACUUCCAUAAUAGCCUGCGAUCCCAGUUGGCCAACGGGGAUUACGUGGUGGAUGGGGUCCCGAAGCCCCCAGCAAAGGAUAUGAUGAAAAUGAAAUGGGACCCAAUUCUAGCCGGGAUGGCGAAAAACAACGCGGCUACCUGUCCGAGCCUGUUCACCGACUCCAAAAUGCUCGGCAGAAAUUAUUAUCACCGGCUGGCAAAUGUCACGUCAGGUUCGCUGGAUAAAUAUGCCCUAUUCGCGGUGAAAAAGUGGGAGCGCCAAUUCCAAGAGCGCGGAUGGAAGAACCAAGAGUUCCGAAUGUUCGGCGACCAUCGGCUACUCACCUCGGCAACACAGAUGGUCUGGGCCACCACCAGACACGUCGGCUGUGGUGUGAAUAUCUGUGACGCUGAAAAGAAUUUGUUUGGGUACAGGAACAAGGUGGUGGUGAUUUGUGAGUAUCAGAGCAAAGGUAACAUCCAUGGCCUGCCAAUCUACAAGGAAGGCCCAACCUGCUCGGCCUGUCCAGCUUCGACCAAGUGUGAGAGGAGAUCCGGAUUGUGUUUUUAAUGUGGUUUUUUGAAAUUUGAACUAGUUAAAGAUUGUUGUAGGACAGAAAAUUCGAAUAAAAGUAUACGGAUGAA